GGCGGCGCCAUGUCUGGCCGCGGGAAGAGCGGCGGCAAGGCCCGAGCUAAGGCCAAGUCGCGUUCGUCGCGGGCCGGGCUGCAGUUCCCGGUGGGCCGCGUGCACCGGCUGCUGCGGCGCGGACACUACGCGGAGCGCGUGGGCGCCGGCGCGCCCGUGUACCUGGCGGCUGUGCUCGAGUACCUGACGGCCGAGAUCCUGGAGCUGGCGGGCAACGCGGCCCGCGACAACAAGAAGACGCGGAUCAUCCCCCGACACCUGCAGCUGGCCGUGCGCAACGACGAGGAGCUCAACAAGCUGCUGGGCGGCGUCACCAUCGCACAGGGCGGCGUCCUGCCCAACAUCCAGGCCGUGCUGCUGCCCAAGAAGACGAGCGGCGGCGGCGCGGGCCCCGCCAAGGCGGGCAGGAAGGGCGGCGGGCAGCAGUCGCAGGAGUUCUAGGGCGGCCCCGGCCCCCACACAACGGCCCUUUUCAGGGCCUCCCCACCCCGCUCACCGGGAGAGCUGCGAUCGCGGAGCCGGCGGCAGCGCCGCCACAGACUAACAGGGGGUGGGUGGAAUGCACUGUAUUUAUCCUGUUACGCUCGCUGACCGUCGCAUAGACAAUAAACCACUUCGUUUCCAUAAACGGGAUCCCAGCCGGGCGCCCCUCCAGCGUUUCUACAAGGUGUGAGGGGACGGGGUGCAGGAACCGAGUUACAGAGAAAGGCGUGGCCGCCCCGGUUCGGAUUCCCCCACUGCCCUCGGGA